AUGCUCUAUCCGUCCGCCCCAGAAGCCGCAACUAAAUUUCUGAACUUCGUCAAUGCGUCGCCUACUCCUUUUCAUGCCAUACAUAAUGCUAUAGUGCGCUUGGAAACAGCGGGGUUUCAUAAGGUCAGAGAAGCGGAUAAUUGGGAGACUGAAAUAAAGCCUGGUGGAAAAUACUAUUUUACGAGAAAUCAAUGCGCACUACUCGCCUUCACUAUCCCACAAAAAUGGCAAGCUGGUGCAGGAGUAUCCAUUGUUGCCACGCAUGUUGACAGCCCCAAUCUUCGUGUGCGCCCCGUCUCAAAACGUACCGCAUCUGGGUACCUUCAAGUCGGCGUUGAGACUUACGGAGGAGGCAUUUGGCACUCUUGGUUUGAUCGUGACCUUUCUUUAGCUGGUCGUGUCGUCGUUGCGGGCAAGAACGCUGGCUACACAACCAAACUCGUCAAAAUCGAGGCCCCUCUUCUCCGCAUUCCCACUCUUGCCAUUCACUUGGACAGAACCGCCAACGACACCUUCAAGUUUAACCAGGAGACCGAAUUUGUACCUGUGCUAGGUCUUUUGUCCUCCCAAUUGAAUGCGCCCAAAGGUCGCAAGAGCAACGAUGCUACAAAAGAAGAUGGAAUGCUGGAGUCAACAUCCAGUAUUCAAGCCAAUCACCACUCUGUGCUUUUGGAUACAAUCGCUGGAGAGCUGCAGAUCCACCCCGCUGACAUACAUGACUUUGAGCUACAACUAUACGAUACUCAGCCUUCCGUUCUCGGAGGCUUGAACAACGAAUUUAUAUUCAGUCCAAGAUUAGACAACCUGGUCUCUUCUUUCUGCGCUGUUGAAGCACUCUCCGGAGUGGUCUCUGGCAACUCCUUCCCUACCUUGGAAGGCAAUGUCAACUGCAUCGCGCUAUUCAAUCAUGAAGAAAUUGGUAGUGUUUCUAGUACUGGCGCUGAAUCCUCACUCAUCCCAUCUCUGCUCGAGCGUCUGUCUCCGUCGCCCUCGCAGUUGGCUCAAUCGAUAGCCAAGUCUUUCCUCAUCUCGGCUGAUAUGGGCCAUGCCAUCAAUCCCAAUUACCCCAACAAACACGAAGAAAAUCACAAACCAUAUAUGAACGGUGGCAUCGUGAUCAAGACAAAUGCAAAGCAACGAUAUGCCAGUGAUGCUAUUGGAGCCUUCAUCAUCAAGAAGCUUGUCGAACAGAAGGGCGGGAGGGUACAAGAGUAUGAAAUCAGGAACGAUAUGGCAUGCGGUUCAACCGUUGGCCCAUUGCUGUCCAAGAUUGGUGUGCGGACAGUUGAUGUGGGCAAUGCUAUGCUGUCUAUGCAUUCAAUCAGGGAAACCGCGGGUUCGCGAGACGUCCAACACGCGAUCGACCUUUUCAGCUCGUUUUUCGAAGGGUUUGCUGCUCUCGACGCCAAAUUGACUGUCGAUUGACUCAGGACCAGAAGUCAACCGAGCCCAUAUAGUGGUGACAAUUUGCAAACGCAACGGUUCAAGUUGACGAAGUUAUAGCUAUUGCAGCCAGACAGUACAAGAGGACAAUAAUACAGUAGCGUUGCAGUAACAUAAGUACUUUUUGUGGCAUGUUCUCCUGAGAAAAUUGCGAGGAAGCUGAGAAAGAGGCUUGAUAACUUU